UUCAGACCUCUUGAACGACACCCAGUUUGCAAUCAUGGAGCUCAUCAAACCCCUCCAGAGCAUCUACUUCAUGUUUGACAAGAUGAAGGACAAUAAUCAGGCCUGUCCCCACGUUCUGCAGAGACUCAAAGCCCUGGAGAAACUGGCACUUUUCAUCCUGCAGAAGGAGUCAGAACAAAUCUCAGAGGACGUGAAGGAAGCGCUGGGGAAGCUCAACAAGGUUCUGCUGUCAGCUGAUGAGCUCAUCCGGAAAUUCACCGAAGCCUUGGAGUUAACCCGGAUGGUAAAAUCCAGCGACUACAAAUCAGAGUUCGACAGCCUGAACAAAAGCCUCACUGAUUCCUUCGUGACCCUCUCGGCGGCCCUGCAUGCCCAGCAGAGGAAGACGCUGGACAAGCAGGAGACCCGGCUUGCUGAGCAGGAGAGCAUGCUCAAUGAGCAGAAGGUCAUGUUGAAAUGGCAGAAGAAGAAGCUGGCCGAGACUGGGAGGAAGCUCGCAGAGCAGGAUAGGAAGCUGGCGGAGCAGGAUAGGAAAAUGGCAGAGCAAGAUAGGAAGCUGGCUGAGCAGGAGAGGAAGCUGGGCAAGCAGGAGGACAUGUUGCAAAGAGUGGAGACAAAGUUAGCGUGUGAAAGCAGAGGAAGCUGCUGUAUUCUGUAAUGGAGGAGCGUCAGAAUGAGGUGUGCUGCCAAGCAGGUUAACAGCAGUUCUUUGGAGAGCUUGUGCAGUUUAUCAGAAUAAACCAAUGAAGGGCUGUGCAGGUUUAAAAGCAUUGUACACACAUGUAGAGAGGAAUGUGCAACGUUCUUGAAUGCAGCUAUCCUGUUUAGAAGUAGACUCUUCCUGAGUUUAGAUUGAAGACAAACAACCUCCCGUUUCAGACCUGAAAAUAAUUAAAUAUCAAUUCCAUUAUUUGACCUUUCUGCUUCUCUGUUUUCUAGUUUGCAGAUGUUGUCCUCCUUCUCACUGGCACUUACUGAGUGUAACAUCGAGAGGCGUAAAGCGUUACGUUGUGACUGAAUAUAUUUACCUGCCGUGCCACUUUCCCACAAAGUGACAUGAUCUGUAACCUGUACUGAAUUGUAUUUUCAAGACCAUACGUAUGUUUCCUUUACCAUAUCACUCCUGCUCCUUUCAUUACAAGGACACCAAAGAGUGUUAGGGUCGCAUGUGCUUGCAGUAAGAACCUGUGUUUUCUUUCUACAGCUACAAACUCAAGACUUUUUAAUGGAUAUCUCACAUUACAUUUGAUGCAUAUCAACUGAUCAACUGUUGAAUCAACCCUGAAUAAGAAAUGCAAUGCCGGAAGUGUGUGUGAAUGACAGGAUUCAGAUGAGUUUUGAUUACUUGUUUCAUUGGGGAUGAGUCUUAUCUACUUAGUUGUGGUUAAAAAAAAAGGCAGGAUGUUGAAGAAAACACGACACAGGACAGAAGUGGACUUUCAAAAUAAAACCGGAAAUACAAACUA